AUUCCUGCACAGCUGACCCUUGUGCUUCUGCUUUUUUUUUUCUUUUCAUUGCUCUAGUACGUACUAGUAGUACUCCAAAAUAAUUUAGCGAGCGACUACGUCUGCGAGGUCAUGCUAAACACGACGAAGACGAGCGGCAGGAUAGCGCUUCAUCAUGUUUAUACAUGUGCUCCGUUUCCGUUAUUUUUUGGACUCUGAGGCACGAGUGAGGUACCGACACACUUUUAGAGCGUAGUUUCUGUAUUUCCACUAGACGACAUUGAACCAAUGUCAAAGAUGCGGUGGAAAAUCUCUUCAACUUCAUCCAGAGCCAGGAGUGCGAUGACAUUCCCCCCGGCGUCGACUCGUACUAGCACAGGCAGUACGAGCUCGGGCACCAAGAGGUGGACCUCGUCGGCGGUGUUUCAUCCGCCGGCCCACAGCAGCAACGCGCCUCCCCCUCCAACAAGAACAGCGUCCAAUGAGAGCACGCCCCGACUCGGCGUGGGCCUUUUUGGCACGUUGCGGGCGCCGCGGUUUCUGGCGAAGUGGCGAGACCGCUGCGUGGCCAUUUGGAAAACGAUGCACAAGGUCGACCACUGUCUCCGGUACCGUUUGCAUCCGCGGGCAACCGAUUUGUUUGCCGCUGUGAACCCCCACGGUCCGAUCCGGCAAGCACUGCGGGCAGCGGAGCAAGCGGCCUUGAUUGCCGGCUUAGAGGAGGAUGUAGAGAAGCAGGGGGAGUUUGAAACUUUGGUCAAGCUGCAUCUGGAGAAAUUGAUAGCAUUUGAAGUCGUAGAGCCACGUCUUGAUGAAAACGGCGAACAAGCGACGGCGGGGCGCCAACAACAAGAACAGAUCCCACUUCAGUCAUGUGCUGCCGCUGCGAUGGAGCAGGAGCCAAGACAACCCACUACCAGCAGGAGGAGCGAAAAUGAUCUGCAGGAAGAUCUGUCAACACAGUCGCAUUUCUCUUACCACGACAGCUUCGAAGCCAACGCUGGGAGCAUUUUUCGCACCUGUGAGUAUCUGGUGAAGCAGCACAGUGACAACGACUCUCCGUACAUUGCGACCUUAGCGGAUCUCCUCUGCAAGGUCGCGCGGACCAAGUCGGCCAGGUCGGACUUUGAGACGAAAUCCGAGUGGGAACUGCGGAUCGCGCAGGAGGCGUAUUCCCUCGCACUGAACCUGCUGAAAAGCAGCGGGGACUUCGCGAAAGCGAAAGAAGUGUUCGAAGAAGCAACUGGUCGGAGGAGGAGGGAGAUGUUGUCGACGAAGAACGUGAACGGGGCCGCGACUCAUCUAAGGGUAAGCACAUCAGCCGGUCAUCAAGAACACCAUACCACAUCAACCGUGGACCAGUACUGGCACGCGGCGAAGCACCGCCUUCUCGACUUGAAACCAAACGACGAGUACAUCCACUGGCAGUCGUUGUGCCACACGCCAGCGAUUUUUCUGGAGACGGAAUUGAAACCGCCACGAACCUCGGUUCUGGAGGAGAAACUGUUCUGGACCGACGACGCCCGACUGCACCACUUCCAGCAGGUCAUGCGCGCUUUCAAACCCUUUAUCGAAGAAGAACUCCGCCACUUCGUCAUCGCCUACAAUGAGGGCAGCAGUUGGGCCAUGGAAGUUAUGUUGGAGAACCGAGCGGAGAAGAGAGUGCAGUUGGCAGAGAGCAAAGUCGUAUUAAACGGCGCAUCUUCGAACUCGGGAGGUUUUACAAGGAGGUCUACUGGUACUACCACUGCUGCGUCUACUACUUCCUCCUUCGAAGCCAUUUCGUGUCUGGACCAGAAGCGAUUCCGCCCAGCUCCGCUGCAGGCGCUCCCCGCGGUCAAGGAGAUGCUCAUGCAGAUGAAGUCCUUCAAUUUCGGAAUCCCCUACACGCACGAAGAUAGCGAGGCCUGCUCCCUCAUCCGUUUGGGUAGGAACACGCGGUGCGAACGCUGGCAAAUAUGCACUGGAAGUCUGUAAGUCUGGGUCUGGAAGUGGGUGGCUGCAAGACAAAGACUUCUGAUGAUGUUGACUGACAUUAUCAUGACUCUAGACUGUAUGUAGGCAUGAUGUUGCGGAAAAAAUAAACCACAUUUGUGUACCAGUCUCAUGCAAAACAAAAUAUCAUGUGUGUUGUGGCGCAUCUGGAAGCGCUAGCGCUUAAGCGCUAGGACGGAAGCGGAAGCGCUAGCGCUUAAACACUUGUCAACGUGCAACUUGGCUGCGUAUUGAUGAAGUGUGCAUGAAAGCUUUUCAGCCCCAGACAUUAUAAUUGCUCUGCAUAGCAGAGUCAGGGAAGCAAUCUGUCCAUCAGCAUGUGUAUGGGGUUGUCGCUCGACGGACCGGAUUGCAAAUCACCAGGCGCAUUUGUAGAGUUUCUGACAACUACGCCAAGCACUACAACGGUGUCAACAGCCUCAUCUGGUAAUGCAGCAUCCCCCGGCACGAGUUUGACAGAAGGAGUGGCGUUUAAACAAGAAAGACACAGCUUGAAAAACAACUUGAUCUCAUUCGCCUCCGGCUGGGACCAUAGAUUUGGUACUACGGAAAUUACACCUGAAGAGGCGGCCACGACAGAUGAACAUGGGUCCCCUUCUGGUUCUGGGUUCGUAAAAAGCACGGGUGGAGGACAACAAGAGCAGGCCCAUCAAGAACAUCUAGACGAGUCAUCUUCCUUCGACAGCGGUGCGUCCUGGUUUCUGCACGUGAACACCCUGCACCCCGCCUUGGUUGCAAACGAGCACCUCUGCGCGUCCAUCGGACGCCGCACGGAGUGGGAGAUCGUCGGGUCGCGGCAAGCGCAUCAGUACGCGCGGGCGAAGCAAAAUCAUGAGUAUUUGCUAAAAAACCCGGUUGCGACACCCAUCAUGGAUCGAUUCAAAAGCAAAGGCGGAUUCUCGCGAAAACACUUACCCACGGACUUCAACGUGUACAGGCCCCCGGCCUAGUAAUAAUACUUACUCAAUGUUAGGUAUCAAAAAGAUGUACCACGUUGAUGAAUACUCCCUGCGCAAUUUGACGCCUGAAUGCAU